CAAGUGCUGGGAGCGCAGGCAGUCUCGUAAGCAGUGGGUUUUGCUCUCCUCUCUCCCCACCUCCUCCUCCUCCAUUGUAUAAUGCCUCUCGUCUCCAGCCAGCAAAAAGCACUGGCUUAAUCGUGCAGCCGGUCCGACAUAUGGAGCUGGUGCUAGAUUAGGGGGAGAGGGGGUCGGUCCUGAUGUUUUAAACCUCAGGUGAAACUGCAUGUGAUAUAUGUUGGCUAAAGCGGGAAAGCGGAAGUUUGACGAGCAUGAAGAUGGGCUGGAAGGCAAAGUGGUAUCUCCUACGGAUGGACCAUCUAAGGUGUCCUACACUUUACAGCGCCAGACUAUCUUCAACAUUUCCCUUAUGAAACUCUACAACCACAGGCCGCUGACUGAGCCAAGCUUGCAAAAAACAGUUUUAAUUAAUAACAUGCUGAGGAGAAUCCAGGAGGAGCUCAAGCAAGAGGGUAGUCUAAGGCCUGUGUUUCUUGGCACGUCUCAGCCUGCUGACCCUCUAGGUGACAGCUACCAGGAGGCUCAACCUGCAUUCAGCCAUAUUGCCUCCCAGCCUAUUCAACCCACUGACUUAGUAAGCACUACACCACUAGAGUCUUGCCUCACACCGGCCUCCUUGCUUGAGGAUGACGCAUUUUGCACUUCCCAAACAGUACAGCAGAAUGGUCCUAACAGCAAACUACUACUACCACCUCCUCCAACACCUUCUCCGCCUUGUGUCCAGCCAGUAAAAGACAGUUUUUCCUCAGCCUUGGAUGAAAUUGAGGAGCUUUGUCCAACAACUACCUCCAUAGAGGCAACUGCAAUCGCAGAAGCAGGGGCAGCACAUCUCAAAGAUGAACCUGCUGCAUCUGGCGCUCUGAAGCCUGAGGGAACACAAGAGAGCAGAACAAGUGAGCCAAAACUAAUGGAUCCCCUUCCUGGGAAUUUUGAAUUAACAACAUCUACUGGCUUUCUUACAGACCUGACCUUGGAUGACAUUCUUUUUUCUGAUAUUGACACGUCCAUGUACGACUUUGACCCUUGCACAUCCAGCGCUGGAACAGCCUCUAAAAUGGCACCGGAUGAACUCCUAAAAACAUUGUCUCCUUAUAGUGGCCAACCAGUAACCCCAAAUCAGCCUUUUAAAAUGGACCUCACGGAAUUAGAUCAUAUCAUGGAGGUUCUGGUUGGAUCCUAAAGCAGACUUUAUAUUCCUAACCCUUUCAGAUUCUCAGCACUGUGCAUGCGUACUCUUGCCUUUUAAGGAAAUUUUAAAAAAGAGUAAGGAUUUUGAUAAAUAUGGCAUAAUGCUGUAUAGGAGUGCCUUCAGUAUGACCACUUUAGAAAUAUUUUAAAAGUGGUUCUCCAAGGAAUAUCAUACCACAAUCCUUUGAAGAUUGCGUAUUCCAAACUAUCGAACAAAAAUAAAAACAUCAGCUAAAGUUAUAUAUGUUAAGCACAAGAAUUAUGCUGCGGGGAGGGUGGGCGGGAACGCUGUAAAUUGCAUGUGCAUAAUUGUCUAUUUUUUCAAUAAGUUUUAAUGCAAAAGGUAAUUUUUUAUUAUUAAGGUAAUCAAAGCCCCUUUUUGGCAUUUUAGUCCUUUUUAGGUUAAUAGAGGCAUUAACAGCUUUUACAGUAAAACAAGAAAAUGCAUAUACAUGGCUGCUUAGAUACUGCUGUCCAAAUGUCUUUUUUUUAAUAUUUUUGUACAGAUCCGGUCAUUUAUGAUAUUGUUUUUCUAGGAAAAAGAAAAAAAAAGCAGAAAACAACUGGUAUUUAUAAACUCAAAAUUAUUUUGUAAGGAUUUGGGUAUGAAGUUCCUCUCUUACUUCUAAUGUACAAGAUAGGCCUGUGCUUUUAAUAAGCCUAUUGGAAUAUUUUUAUGCCUAUGUGGCCACGAAGAAAUCAAAUAAAAACCUGUGCAAUUAAAAUAUGUUAGAUGGGGAAACAAAUAGAGAGCAGGACACCAGUCUUACCACCAGGGGGCAGCAGAUACAUUUAACUCAAUUGUGAGUUUCCCGUAGAUCUUUCGACAUAGUAAAGGUUACAGAAUAGGUGAGGAAUGGUGAAGAAAUCUUUUGCAGCCAUUGUGUAAAAAAAACCAAGUAUUUAUUACUAGUUAACAAAUGUAUUUUGCUUUUUAAUAAUCAAUGUUUUAAACCAUCUUCUUCUUGCUGAUUAUGAACGUCGGAAUUACACAGCAAGCGAAAUAAUUAUGUAGACAUUCUAAUUGUAACCAGUUGAGUUCCAGAAUUCAUGUAGUGCUCUUAAUCAUUGUUCUCACCACUCAGUGUUUUUGUGAUCAAAUCUGUAAGAAGUCCUAAGAUUGAAGUCCUAAUGCCAUUUUAUAGACGGCAAAAAAAACCCUUUCACUACAACGCAUGCUUUUUUCUGAAAUUGCAGACUAGCGUGCAUAAGGCAGUAUAAUUGCUGAUGGAAUUUUCAGUAUUUGGUUGGCAUGGUCUCCAAAUUAAUGAUAGCUUUAUUUAGGUUACCACGUGGGCUUUCCCAAGCAUCCCUUUCAAAAACGUUUCCAUCGGAAAGAUGUCAGUGUUCCAUUAGAUUGAAGGUGUUGACCAGAGGGACUGCUGUGUAGAGUACAAUCCAUUGCUUACCCCCAGCUAGGAUUUAAGACAAAAAUAA